GCGGCAAGAUGGCGGACUUCCUGCCGUCGCGCUCCGUGCUGUCCGUGUGCUUCCCGGGCUGCGUGCUGACGAGCGGCGAGGCCGAGCAGCAGCGCAAGUCCAAGGAGAUCGACAAAUGCCUGUCGCGCGAGAAGACCUACGUGAAGCGGCUGGUGAAAAUCCUGCUGCUGGGCGCGGGCGAGAGCGGCAAGUCCACGUUCUUGAAGCAGAUGCGGAUCAUCCACGGGCAGGACUUCGACCAGCGCGCGCGCGAGGAGUUCCGCCCCACCAUCUACAGCAACGUGAUCAAAGGUAUGAGGGUCCUGGUUGACGCUCGAGAGAAGCUGCAUAUUCCUUGGGGAGAUAAUUCAAACCAACUCAAUGGAGACAAGAUGAUGGCAUUUGACACGCGGGCACCCAUGGCGGCCCAGGGCAUGGUGGAGACGAAGGUGUUUUUGCAGUAUCUUCCUGCGAUAAGAGCACUCUGGGCGGAUAGUGGCAUCCAGAAUGCCUAUGACCGGCGCCGAGAAUUUCAACUGGGUGAAUCUGUAAAAUAUUUCCUGGAUAACUUGGAUAAACUUGGAGAACAAGAUUACAUUCCAUCACAGCAAGAUAUUCUGCUUGCCAGAAGGCCUACCAAAGGCAUUCAUGAGUACGACUUUGAAAUUAAAAAUGUUCCUUUCAAGAUGGUUGAUGUAGGGGGUCAAAGGUCAGAAAGGAAACGUUGGUUUGAGUGCUUCGACAGUGUGACAUCCAUACUGUUCCUUGUCUCCUCGAGUGAGUUUGACCAGGUGCUCAUGGAAGACCGACUCACCAACCGCCUUACUGAAUCUCUGAACAUGUUUGACACAAUCGUCAAUAACCGGACUUUCAGCAAUAUCUCCAUAAUUCUUUUCUUAAAUAAGACAGACUUGCUUGAAGAGAAAGUGAAAGUUGUGAGUAUCAAAGACUAUUUCUUAGAAUUUGAAGGGGAUCCCCACUGCUUAAGAGACGUCCAAAAAUUCCUGGUGGACUGUUUCCGGAACAAACGCCGGGACCAGCAGCAGAAGCCCUUCUACCACCACUUCACCACGGCCAUCAACACGGAGAACAUCCGCCUCGUUUUCCGUGACGUGAAGGAUACGAUUCUUCACGACAACCUCAAGCAGCUGAUGCUUCAAUGAUGGACAGAGACUGCCUAUUUUAAUACCUUUUUGUGGUUUUGAUUGUUUUCUGUUUGGUGUCUUGUUUUUUUUAUUAAUAGCAGUUUACAGCAGAAAUCAGAAAAAUAAAAGAUCUCGAUUCUGUGUUUAGUGUCUUGGCACUCUCAGUCCACAUGUGGGCUCCGGUCUGUGCCUUAGAGCUGCGGGGUAACACGUUGCCAACAUCUGCUGCAGUUCAGGCUUGGAUCUGUUUC